CUCGUUAACGACAAGGAGCUCAGUCAAACAACAACUCAAACCACCACAACAGCCAUCAUCUCAGCCACAUCCAUCUAUCCAUAUCCAUCCAGCCAGCAACCAAGACAGACUCGAGUUCAUUCCCCAUCUAACCACUCUCCUCUUCCUCCCUUCUCAACUCUGACGACUUGGGGACGCGCUUUUGGUGUUUCACCUUUGUUGACACAGCUACUCCAGCCAUGGCACACCGCAAGACAUCACUCGCCAAGAAGCGCAACUCAGCCGUUCGCUCUGAGCUGACGGAAGAACAGAAGCUUGAGAUCCGUGAAGCGUUUGAGCUCUUCGACACAGAUGGCUCGGGGUCUAUCGAUGCAAAAGAACUCAAGGUUGCAAUGCGUGCACUCGGGUUUGAGCCGAAGAAAGAGGAGAUCAAGAAGAUGAUUUCAGACGUUGAUCGUGACGGCUCUGGGUCCAUCGACUACAACGAAUUCCUGCAGAUGAUGACACAAAAGAUGAGCGAGAAGGACACAAAAGAGGAGAUUCUGAAGGCCUUCAAGCUGUUUGACGACGACAGCACGGGCAAGAUCAGCUUCAAGAACCUGAAGCGGGUUGCGCAGGAGCUUGGGGAGAGCCUCUCUGACGAGGAGCUGCAGGAGAUGAUUGACGAGGCAGACAGAGACGGCGACGGCGAAAUCAACCAGGAGGAGUUCUUGAGAAUCAUGAAGAAGACAAACCUCUACUGAACACACGCACACACACACACAAACACACACAUACACACGCACACCUGCAGCACCAAGAUAGCCACUGCCAUCAGUGCGCCAUUGGACCAUGUUGCUCAUUUAGUCCGUCAUUUUUUUCGCCCAUUCACUGGCCAUUGAUUCUUCCACGCUUACUUGCUCACUUUGCUUACAUCCACUCCAUCACGCCUCCUUGCUGUUGAUGCUCAUGCAUCCCCCCCCCGUGCGCUUGUUAGACACACCACACGCCCUUCUUACCUCAUGAAUCCCUCCCUCUCCCCUCUCUCGCCGCCACCACCUGCUUCGUUUCCGCGUCUUGAUUCGCUUCUUCUCUCUCCGUUCCAUCUUGGGUCUGUUUGCUCGCUUGUCAAUAUAUUCAUACCUAUGUGACCCGAAACAACUUCCCACAAGAUACACAAUGCUUGCUUGAUAUUGUAAACAC